GGGUGUGACGUCAAAAAGGCGAGGUCAAGAAGGAGGAAAUGAAAUGCCUUCUCGUUAAGUUGAAGAAUAUUCAGUAUUAUUAACGUAAUUAUAUCAAGUCUAUAAUUAAUCAUUUGUAUAUGCUUUGGUGUUAAUAAGCGCAUUGCGAUUAUGCCAAGCGAAUCGACGGGACAGGACGUGCAGCAGAGCCCACUGGCGUUGCUGGCCCAGACGUGCAGCAAGAUUGGUAACGAGGAUGGGGCAGGUCAGGGAGGUCAAUCGGUGCGCGUUGUGUCAACUGCGCACGGAGACGUGAUAGCCCCGCAGUGGGUCCAGCUACCCGUGGACCCGAGCAAGCAGGGCCAGGCCCUGUCACAGGCCACUCUGGCAAUUUCUGGAGGCCAGGUAGUCCAGCCCCAGGGUCACUACCAGAUAGUCGCCCAGGCGGGCCCCAAUGGUACAAUAACGUACAACGCUGUGCCACAGUUCCAGAUUCUCAACAUGGACUCAUCACAGAUUCAGGGCAACAUGCAGUCUCAACAAUUGAACACCUCACAGCAUCAGACCAUGCAGACGGUUCCCAUCAUGACAUCAAAUGGUCAAAUAAUCCGGGCCCAGAUCCCGUCUGCUGCUGGAAUGGGAACCAGCAUUCUAGGUGGCAUGGGAAACCUGGUAAACAUCGGGGGAAACAUGAUCAACCUCAGCGCUCUUCAAAGCUUGAACGCGGUACGCCCUGGUGGGGACAUGCAGCAAAUGCAAAUCCAUGGUGGCACGUUUCAGCCGAUUCAGCAGAUGUCCAACAUUGUUCAGAUUCCCAUUUCCGCGAACGGGCAGACGACAUACAUGCCUGUUCAGGUGCAACCUUUUCAAACACUGCAGGAUAUGUCACAGCUUGGCUUUUCCGCGUGCAAUACGGUCAAUAUGGCCAAUGGUGGGAUAAUCACUGGAGCGAUGCAGCAAGGCUCGGCCGUCUCCCAGCUUAUGGAGGCUGUUAACCAGAUCGCCAACUCGACACCGAAAGCCUCGACUAGUAACAACAAAUCAAAAGGCAGCAGCUCCCAAAAGUCUCAAAAUGCAGCAGUUCAGUUUUCUACUGCAAGUGGUUCAAUGGGAACAUCAACUGUUUCACAGCUACAGAACAUGUCAAUGCAAGGACAGACAAUUGCUGCAGCCGCGGCAGCAGCUAAUAUAAUCCCUCAAAUGCAGCUAAUUCCACUGGGAAACGGAAAUUACAUGCAAGCUAUUAUUCCGUCACAGUCUGUUAACUCACAGCAGAAUCAAAAUUUUAUAACAAUCAAUGCCUUGUCACAGAAUUCCACAACGUCUGGCACCUCGACUACCACAACUACGGGGACUAUGUCUACACCGCAGCAACUUGCGACCGGCGGACAAAUCCUUCAAAGCAUCGGUGGCCAGACUUUUCAGGUUUUUCAGCAAGGGCCGAACGGCCAGAUAGUUGCGGCACCUAAUCAGCUGAUGAAUUUCGGCAACAUUAAGGCGUCAAAUCAGAUUCCAAUACAGAUUCAAGGCAUGCAAGGGAUCCAGACUUUACAAAACUUACAAGGCCUUCAAAAUUUGCAGAACUUACAGACAAUACAAACAUUGGGUGGGCAGCAGAUACAGACCCAAAUGCCGCAGAUAUUUGGUACCAAUAUGCAAGGUCUGCAGGCUGUUACAAUUAACGCCCAGGGAAAUUUCACUGCUAUUCCAGUCAGUGGAAUUCCCCAGCAGUUGACCACAAUGAACUUGAACAGUCAGCAAACCUUACAGGGCUUGCAACAGGUUCAUCUUGGAUCUAGCGGACUUGUAACAGCGAGUGGUCAGACCCUACAGCAAGACCCGUCUGACCCCACCAAGUGGCAGGUCGUCUCCAAUACCCAGGGGACCACCACCCUCACCAUCCCCUCCCUGUCCCCUACCUCAGGUCAGAGCCCUGAGACGAAUGCCUCAGGGAAGCGAUUGAGGCGCGUGCCCUGCUCUUGUCCAAAUUGCGUCAGUGGGGAUGAUAAUAAGAAUGGCGAGAACAAGAAGAAGGUACAUGUGUGCCACAUGGAGGGUUGCGGGAAGCAGUAUGGGAAGACUUCACACCUUCGAGCUCAUCUCAGGUGGCACACUGGGGAGCGUCCGUUUGUCUGUUCAUAUUUAUUUUGUGGAAAACGGUUUACCCGGUCGGAUGAGCUGCAAAGACACAAACGAACGCACACAGGAGAGAAGCGCUUUGAAUGCGAAGAAUGCGGAAAAAAGUUUAUGCGAUCUGAUCAUUUGUCAAAACACAAAAGGACACACCUUAAGGGCCAUCUUCAGAAAGGCGAAAAUGGUGACGACAAUGAUGCAAAAGCUGAAGAAGACGAAAGUAUGGAAGAGAUGAGCCCAAAUGAGCAUAUGAUGGAGAUAAAUUUGAACAGUGAGCUGCAUAUGGACGGGACCACAGUGGUGAUAAUGAAGAACAGUUCGUUUGAAAGUUCCAAAGGGGAUGACUCUGAUUAAUUGAUUAUCCAAAUUAAUAAUCAAUCGAUGAAAAACAUUGAUAAAUUGAUUAUCUAAAGUAAUAAUUAAUCAAUUAAGGACAUUGAUAAAUGCAUUAUCUUAAUGAAAAAUUAAUCGAUUAAAGAAACUAAUUAUCUAAAUUAAUAAUUAAUCUUUUAAAAGUUAUUGUUUACUGAAAGGACAAUUUCAGAUACAGUUUUCUGUAUGACAUCUAUUGUCUGCUUACAAAAGGUUCAAAUAUUACCCACCUUUGUAAUGUAUACUUGUUUAAAACAUAUAAAUGGGCCUUGCUCUGUGAAAAAGGGAUUAAAUGCAUGUGCGUAAAGUGUCGUUCCAGAUUAGCCUGUGUGGUCCGCUCAGACGAAUCGGGGACAACACUUUCCGCUUUUAUGAUAUUUUUCGUUUCAAGAAAUUCAAUUCUUAGCAAAAAUCAAGUUUAGGCGGAAAGUGUCGUCCCUGAUUAGCCUGUGCGUACUGCACAUGCUUACUGGGACGACACUAUACACAUAUGCGUUAAACCCCCUUUUCACAGAGCAUGACUCAAAUAUUAAAAUACCUAAAAAAUAACAAAGCCCAAGACUUUAAGAAUUUCAUGAAUGUAAGGAAUUUACUUAUGUUUUCCUCAAGUAACCUUGCGAACACUGGCUAAUGUCAAGUCCUUAAAAUUUAUUUUAUGAAUUAUGAUUAAGGACAUAGCUGUCAGAUAAUAUAUAGAUUAUGGCAAUUGUAGCUCACCAUGGUGAGCUUUUGUGAUCGCCUUUUGUCCGUCGUGCGGCGUCAACAUUUGACUUGUUAACUCUCUAGAGGCCACAUUUAUUGUCCAAUCUUCAUGAAAUUUGGUCAGAAGAUUGGUCUCAAUGAUAUCUUGAAUGAGUUCGAAAAUAGUUACGUUUGCUGGAAAAAACAUGGCUGCCAAGGGGCGGGGCAUUUUUCCUUAUGUGGCUAUAUAUGGCUAUAGUAAAAUCUUGUUAACACUCUAGAGGCCACAGUUAUUGUCUGAUCUUCAUAAAACUAUGUCAGAAGAUUCAUCCCAAUAAUAUCUUGGACGAGUUCGAAAAUGAUGCCGGUUGGUUGAAAAACAUGGCCGCCAGGGGGCGGGGCAUUUUUCCUUAUAAUGCUAUAGUAAAACCUUGUUAACACUCUAGAGACCACAUUUAUUUUCUGAUCUUCAUGAAACUUGCUCAGAAGAUUUGUCCCACUGAUAUCUCGUUUGAGUUAAAAAAAAAUGUAACCUUUGCUUGAAAAACAUGGCUGCCAAGGGCAGGGAAUUUUUCCUUAUAUGGCUAUAGUAAAAUCUUGUUAACACUCUAGAGGCCACAUUUAUUGUCCAAUCUUCAUGAAACUUGGUCAGAAGAUUCAUAAAAAUAAUAUCUUGGACGAGGUCGAAAAUGAUGCCGGUUGGUUGAAAAACAUGGCUGCCAGGGGGCGGGGCAUUUUUCCUUAUAUGGCUAUAGUAAAACCUUGUUAACACUUUAGAGUCCACAUUUAUUGUCCAAUCUUCAUGAAACUUGGUCAGAAGAUUCAUCCCAAUAAUAUCUUGGACGAGUUCGUAAAAUGAUGCCGGUUGGUUGAAAAACAUGGCCGCCAGGGGGCGGGGUAUUUUUCCUUAUAUGGCUUUAGUUAAACCUUGUUAACACUCUAAAGGCCACAUUUAUUGUCCAAUCUUGAAGAAAUAUGGUCAGAAGAUUUGUCUUAAUGAUAUCUUGGAUGAGUUUGAAAAUGGUUAUGUUUGCUUGAAAAACAUGGCCGCCAAGGGGCGGGGCAUUUUUCUAUAUGGCUAUGUAAGGCUAUAGUAAAAUCUUGUUAACACUCUAGAGGCCACAUUUAUAGUCCGAUCUUCAUGAAACUCGGUCAGAAGAUUCAUCCCAAUAAUAUCUUGGACGAGUUCAAAAAUGAUGCCGGUUGGUUGAAAAACAUGGCCACCACGGGGGUGGGGCUAUUUUCCUUAUAUGGCUUUAGUAAAACCUUGUUAACACUCUAGAGGUCACAUUUAUUUUCCGAUCAUCAUGAAACUUGGUCUGAAGAUUUGUCCCAAUGAUAUCUUGGAUGAUUUCGAAAUGGAUUUGGUUGCUUUAAAAACAUGGCCACCAGGGGCGUGGCAUUUUUUUCUUAUAUGGCUAUAGUAAAACUUUGUUAACACUCUAGAGGCCACAUUUAUUGUCCAAUCUUCAUGAAAUUUGGUCAGAAGAUUGGUCUCAAUGAUAUCUUGGAUGAGUUCGAAAAUAAUUAUGUUUGCUUGAAAAAAAUGGCUUCCAAGGGGCAGGGCAUUUUUCCUUAUAUGGCUAUAGUAAACUCUUGUUAACACUCUAGAUGCCACAUUUACUGUCCGAUCUUCAUUAAACUUGGUCAGAAGAUUCAUCCCGAUAAUAUCUUGGAAGAGUUGAAAAAUGAUGCUGGUUGGUUGAAAAACAUGGCUGCCAGGGGGCGGGGCAUUUUUCCUUAUAUGGCUAUAGUAAAACCUUGUUAACACUCUAGAGGCCACAUUUAUUUUCCGAUCUUGAAAUUUUGUCAGAAAGAUUUGUCCCAAUAAUAUCUUGUUAUCUCAGAUGAGCGACUUUGGGCCUUUCAGGUCCUCUUGUUUUAAAUAAAAAAUACAGUAAUAAUGAAUUAAUUGAUUAAGGACCUGGCUCAAACUGUCAUUAUUAAAGGGAUUUGUGUUUAGCUUGGUAUAAUGACAAUAAAAAAAAGGUCUAGAUAAUCUGAUUUGAAAAAGAAUGAAUAAAACACAUUUAAACACUUGCAAUAACACUUCUGGCUAAUAUGUAUGUUAACAUUAUUAUUUUUAAAUCUAUUAUCAUCAUUUGACAUUGGUAAAAUAUCAAAGUGAUUGUAUACAACUGUUUUUAAUUUCUGUUGUAAUUAGUAGAGUAUUAAAAACAGUAUAAUUUUGUUAGGAAACAUAUUGAAUGACUAUUUUAUUAGAACACGAAAAUUGUGAACAAAUCCCUUAAAUUGAAUAAGGUGAUAAUAACCAUGUCAAGUAAUUAAUAUUGACUGUGAUAAAGGACAAAGUAGUCAGGUAAUUCAUAGAUUAUGGCAAAAAAUAUGAACAAUCAUUUCUUUGUUGAUUAAGGACAUAAAUUGUAAUUUUUUCAGAUCAUUUAAUGAUACCGUAGACGUUUGAUCAAUCAAAAGUUCAGCUUAUUUCUUAUCGAUUAGGCAUUCGGUAUGAAUGACAUAUAAGGACAUUUACAGAUUCUUUCAAAAGAAACAUAAAUUUGAUACUUUCAAACUUUCAUUGUCUCAUGUAUUAUAUUGACAAGUACAAUAUUUUGUCAGCAGGAAAUUUUUGAUACAAAAAUCAAAAUUUUAUCAAGAGUGACAAGAAUUAUGUGCUUUUAUCAUGUACACAGUGAAUCGCACAGUUAUACAUGAUAUGUUUUUAUAAAUAUUGUGUUCUCUUUGUAAAUGUUAUUUUUUGAACGCAUACAGUAAUUGUAAAUAUGUAUCUGGUCAUUAUUGUUAUUGCAUAUUGCUGUUGAAACUGAACUAUUAAAAUAGUAAAACAAGA